AUGUCUGAACAAACAAUUCCAACGGAAAAAAAAAGUGAAAAUUGUUUAUCAUUAGAUACAGAAGAACAAAAUAAAAGACGUUUUCAAAUAGAAUUAGAAUUUGUUCAGUGUUUGGCAAAUCCAUGGUAUUUACAUGCUCAAAAAGAUUAUUUUCAAGAUCGAGCAUUUCUUAACUAUUUAAAAUACCUUAGAUAUUGGAAACAACCUGAAUAUGCAAAAUAUAUAAUUUAUCCUCAUGCACUUCACUUUUUAGAUCUUCUUCAAAAUCCACAAUUUCGCCAAGAUUUGAAAAAACAAGACAUAGCAACUGAGAUUCAUUCUAAACAAUAUUAUCAUUGGAUGGCAUGGAGGAACAUUGAUGUGAACGUAGUUAGAUCAAUAGGUAGUAGUAGUAAUGCACACGAAUGA